AGACGGCGCCGUGCCUGCCCUGCUCUCCCCGCCAGCAUGAACAGAAAGAGCUUCUCUAGAAUUACAUGGUUCAGGAGACACAGGAAAGCUGUGGUGAACUCCGGCGACAAAAAGAUGCCAAAUGGGAUCUUGGAAGAACAAGAACAGCAACGGGUGAUGCUGCUCAGCAGGUCCCCCUCGGGCCCCAAGAAGUAUUUCCCUAUCCCCGUGGAAAACCUGGAGGAGGAAAUCCGGAUCCGCUCGGCAGACGAGGGGAAGCUCUUCAGGGAGGAGUUCAAUUCAUUAACGUCUGGGUAUGUGCAGGGAACGUUUGAAAUGGCAAAUAAGGAAGAAAACAGGGAGAAGAACAGAUAUCCCAACAUCCUGCCAUAUGAUCAUUCCAGAGUGAUUUUGACCCAAAUUGAUGGAGUCCCAGCUUCAGACUACAUUAAUGCAUCAUAUAUAGAUGGUUAUAAAGAAAAGAAUAAAUUUAUAGCAGCACAAGGACCCAAGCAGGAAACAGUUAAUGACUUCUGGAGGAUGAUCUGGGAGCAGAAAUCAGCCAUUAUUGUCAUGUUAACCAACCUGAAAGAAAGAAAAGAGGAGAAAUGUUUCCAGUACUGGCCCGAGCAGGGCUGCUGGACGUACGGCAGCGUGCGCGUGUCCGUGGAGGAUUGCGUGGUGCUGGUGGAUUACACCGUGCGCAAGUUCUGCGUGCACUCGCUCCACGAGGGAUGCAAAGCUCCAAGGCUUGUCACCCAACUCCACUUCACCAGCUGGCCCGAUUUUGGGGUGCCUUUCACACCUAUUGGAAUGCUGAAAUUCCUGAAAAAAGUCAAAACUUUGAAUCCUGCCCGUGCUGGACCGAUUGUGGUUCACUGUAGGUAUGUGUGUGCUCCUCUGCCUGUUCUUAAUUCCUCAUUUCCCUCCCUUCAUCUUCCUCUCUGUCCCUUCCAGAUGCAAUAUUCCUUCAUUUACCAAGCCUUACUCGAGUACUACCUCUAUGGUGACACAGAGCUGGAUGUGUCAUCCCUGGAAAAACACCUCCAGACUUCCCAAAAUGCAGCACCAAACCUGGUCAAAAUAGGGCUGGAAGAGGAAUUUAAAAAGCUGACCAACGUCCGGAUCAUGAAGGAGAACAUGAGAACUGGCAACCUGCCAGCCAACAUGAAAAAAGCAAGAGUCAUCCAGAUCAUCCCCUAUGAUUUUAACAGAGUGAUUCUGUCCAUGAAAAGAGGGCAGGAGUACACAGACUAUAUCAAUGCUUCCUUCAUAGAUGGAUAUCGGCAGAAGGAUUAUUUCAUUGCCACCCAGGGCCCCCUCCCUCACACGGUGGAGGAUUUCUGGAGGAUGGUGUGGGAGUGGAAGUGUCACACCAUCGUGAUGCUCACCGAGGUCCAGGAGAGGGAGCAGGAAAAAUGCUGCCAGUACUGGCCGUCAGAGGGCUCUGUGACUCACGGAGACAUCACGGUGGAAAUCAAGAGUGACAGCCUGAUGGAUGCCAUCAGUGUGAGGGAUUUCCUGGUCACAUAUAAUCAGAGCAACCAGGAGAAGCAGAGCAGGCUGGUGAGGCAGUUCCACUUCCACGGGUGGCCGGAGAUCGGCAUUCCUGCCGAAGGGAAGGGCAUGAUCGACCUGAUUGCAGCCGUGCAGAAACAGCAGCAGCAGACAGGGAACCACCCCAUCACUGUGCACUGCAGUGCUGGAGCAGGGAGGACAGGAACCUUCAUAGCCCUGAGCAACAUCCUGGAGAGGGUGAAGGCUGAGGGGCUCCUGGACGUGUUCCAAGCUGUCAAGAGCCUGAGGCUGCAGAGGCCACACAUGGUGCAAACACUGGAACAGUAUGAAUUCUGCUACAGAGUGGUACAAGAUUUCAUCGACAUCUUUUCAGAUUAUGCUAAUUUCAAAUGAGAAUUCUGCCUUAUUUUUUAAUUUGUCUGUAUAAAGAGUUGUAUAUUAUGUUAAUUUAUUCCGUGUCACUUGGAUUGUUGACUGAACUGUAAAUACAAUGUUGUGCUGGCUCUAAAAGUUGCAUUUGCUGUAUAAAGUUGUUUCUUAAAUAUAAAUAUCUUCUAAAGCAAA